AUGGCUUGUAUUUGUGUUGGACCAAAAGGAUCUGGAAAAACUCAUUUGCUUUCAGCUUUAAAAAAUGAAAGCACUAUUGACAUUACGACUCACUCCGUUUCAACGGUUGGAACAAACAUUUUCAAAAUUGCUAUUCCUAAUUACUUGAUAAGUGGUUUAAAUCAAUCUAAUAAAAAAGAAAAAUAUAGCACUAUUUUAGAAAUUGGUGGCUGUAUGGCGCCUUUAUGGCGAAAAUACUUUAAUAAUGUUAACAAAAUAAUUUAUGUGGUUGACACUUCAAAUUUAUGCCAAAUAUCAUGUGCAGGUGUUUUGUUAUAUUCCAUUAUGGCUGAUCCGAGACUGCAGAAGACAAAAUUUUUAUUAGUGUUGACUAAAAUGGAUUUGGCAUAUAGGCAAAUGCGGAAUGAAGCGCUAUUGAUGCUUCAGAUGGCAAAGUUAAAGAAACAAUUGAAACAAAAUUUGGUUAUAGUCGAAGCUAGUCCGAUAACAAGGGAUGGAUUUGAAGACAUUUAUAAAUGGCUAGAUACGGUUAGAAGAAAAGCCAUAGAAGGUUAUAAAGAAAGAAAGUCUGAAGAAGACAGCAAAAGUAAAACCUCUGAAAGUAAUGUAAAAGGCCCGUUACAUCAAGGAAGUGGACCAACGAUCGAUUCGAGUAUAAGUGACUUGGAAAAGUUGUGUCAGGAACGGGAAAAACAAGAUGGUUGUAAUCGUGUACGAAUCAGAUAA